UCACAUAGAGAGAGAAGACACAUCAGUCGCAGUUGCUUUUGAGGAGACGAGUUGUCCCGGACAGUGUUUCGGACCUCUAUCCACAAAGCCAGAAGACUCAAGAAAGCAGAGAAAAUCAUUUGUCAGAAAGGAUCAGCAGGCAUUAUGUUGAGCAAAGAUCUGCCAGAUAUUGAGAGCAUCCUGGCUCUUAACCCCCGGGUGAAAAGUCAUGCUCAGAUCAUGUCCACAUCCAACAAGAAGAAAGAGAAGAAACACUGGAAAAGAAACCAGGACAGAAACUGUGAUUCCUGUGUAAAGCUAGAAAACAACUUUGAUGACAUCAAACACACAACACUGAGUGAACGUGGAGCUCUGCGAGAAGCACUCAGGUGUCUCAAAUGUGCUGAUGCCCCUUGUCAGAAAAGCUGCCCUACAAACCUGGACAUCAAAUCCUUUAUCACAAGUAUUUCGAAUAAGAACUACUAUGGGGCAGCCAAGGCCAUCUUGUCAGACAACCCCCUGGGCCUCACCUGUGGGAUGGUGUGUCCCACGUCAGAGCUGUGUGUCGGUGGGUGUAACCUUUACGCUUCCGAGGAGGGGCCCAUCAACAUUGGGGGGCUGCAGCAAUUUGCCACAGAGGUGUUCAGUAAAAUGGGCAUCCCUCAAAUCAGAAACCCUGAGCUCCCUCCGGCCAGUGAGAUGCCAGAGUCGUACCACGCUCCAAUCGCUCUGAUUGGCUGCGGCCCGGCAUCCGUCAGCUGUGCUUCCUUCUUAGCCCGCCUCGGAUAUGACAACAUCACUAUAUUUGAAAAACAAAAGUACACUGGGGGGCUGAGUACAUCAGAAAUCCCUCAGUUCAGACUUCCAUUUGAGGUGGUUCAGUUUGAGAUCAGUUUGAUGAAAGACCUAGGAGUCAAGGUGUUGUGUGAGAAUGGACUUGGUAUUGGUGGAAUGACUCUGACAUCAUUGAAGGAAGAAGGAUUCAAGGCUGUAUUUAUUGGAAUUGGUCUUCCUCAGGCCAACCGAGCAAAAAUCUUCCAGGGUCUAACAAUAGAACAAGGUUUCUUUACGUCUAAGGACUUCCUGCCGAUGGUGGCCACAGCCAGCAAGAAGGGUAUGUGCCAGUGUCAUUCCUUGUUGCCUGAGUUGAGAGGAGUGGUGAUAGUUUUGGGAGCUGGAGACACUGCGUUUGACUGUGCUACCUCUGCUCUGCGCUGUGGGGCUCGCAGAGUCUACGUUGUGUUCAGGAAAGGAUUCACCAACAUCAGGGCUGUGCCAGAAGAGGUAUAAGUCAUCCUGGAGGAGCAGUGUGAGUUCCUGCCCUUCCUGUCUCCUCGCGAAGUGAUCAUGAAGAACGGGCGAGUGGCGGGGCUCCAGUUCUGUCGCACAGAGCAGAGGGAGGAUGGACAGUGGAUUGAGGAUGAGGAGCAGGUCGUCCGGCUGAAGGCCGACUACAUCAUCAGCGCGUUCGGUUCCAUGCUGGAUGACCCAAAAGUGGCGGAGGCCCUGUCCCCUGUGAAGAUGAAUCGCUGGGGCACUCCUGACAUAAACACGGAGACGAUGCAGACUUCGGAGCCCUGGGUUUUCGCUGGGGGAGACAUUGCUGGUUUGGCAAACACCACAGUGGAGUCGACCAAUGACGGCAAACAGGCCUCCUGGCACAUACACCGGUACAUACAGUCAUUGUAUGGACAGACCAUAGACACAGCCCCAAAGCUGCCGUUGUUCUACAGUGCGAUUGACUUGGUAGACAUCAGUGUUGAUGUUUGUGGGAUAAAGUUUCCAAAUCCGUUCGGUCUGGCCUCUGCCCCUCCCACCACAAGUACAGCCAUGAUCCGCAGAGCCUUUGAACAGGGCUGGGGGUUUGCUCUCACCAAAACCUUUGGACUGGACAAGGAUUUGGUGACCAAUGUGUCUCCACGUAUUGUUCGUGGGACCACCUCAGGCCACGUGUAUGGCCCAGGACAGGGGUCAUUUCUCAACAUUGAACUCAUCAGUGAGAAGACUGCAGCCUACUGGUGUCAAUCUGUUGCUGAGUUAAAGAAAGACUUCCCAAAUAAUGUGGUUAUUUCCAGUAUAAUGUGUAGUUACAACAAAGAGGACUGGACUGAACUUGCAAUAAUGGCAGAGAAAUCUGGAGCAGAUGCUUUGGAGCUGAACCUGUCUUGUCCACAUGGGAUGGGUGAGAGAGGCAUGGGACUGGCUUGUGGACAGGACCCAGUGUUGGUGCGUAACAUCUGCCGCUGGGUGCGUGCUGCCACUACAAUCCCAUUCUUUGCAAAACUCACACCAAACGUCACCAAUAUUGUAGACAUUGCCAAAGCAGCCCAUGAAGGAGGUGCGGAUGGAGUAACAGCCACCAACACUGUCUCAGGAAUGAUGGGUUUGAAAGCUGAUGGUUCCCCCUGGCCUGGAGUAGGAGUGGGAAAACGUACCACGUAUGGAGGCGUGUCUGGUAAUGCCAUUAGACCAAUAGCCCUUCGAGCGGUUUCAGCCAUUGCCAGAGCCCUUCCUGGAUUCCCCAUUUUGGCAACAGGAGGCAUAGAUUCAGCAGAGACAGGGCUGCAGUUCCUUCACGCUGGUGCAUCAGUAUUACAGGUCUGCAGCGCUGUUCAAAACCAAGACUUCACAGUGAUUGAAGAUUACUGUCUUGGUCUGAAAGCCUUGUUGUACCUAAAGAGUCUCGAACUGGAAAACUGGGAUGGUCAGUCUCCUCCAACUGAGAAACAUCAAAAAGGGAAGCCAGUACCCCGAUUGGAAGACUUGGUAGGAAAGAGUCUCCCCAGCUUUGGGCCUUACCUAACACAGAAGAAUGAGGUGAUUGCUGAAUAUAAAAAGAAACUCAGAGAAGCAGGUGAAGUGGACGUAACAGAGAUCAACAUCAACAAAGUCAAGUCGCCCAAGAAACCUGUGCCUGCAGUGAAGGAUGUGAUAGCUCGAGCAUUGCGUCACAUAGGAGCUUACCAGGAACUUGACAACACUGAACAGGUGGUAGCACUCAUAGAUGAAGAAAUGUGCAUCAACUGUGGCAAAUGUUAUAUGACUUGCAAUGAUUCAGGAUAUCAGGCCAUUACAUUUGACCCAGAGACUCACCUCCCGUAUGUGACCGACAGCUGCACUGGUUGUACUCUGUGCUUUAGUGUGUGUCCAAUCAUAGACUGCAUCAAAAUGGUGACGAGAACAACGCCUUACGCUCCAAAAAGAGGAAUUCCCAUUAAUCCUGUCUACUGAGAGCAAGAACCAAGACCAAACUAACAAUCUAACAAUGUGUACCAUUUUCAGCUAAUAAAUGAAAAGCUUGUAAGAGACUCAAGCAUGUCCAUAAAAGAAAGUAGCUGGUUUAAAUAAAGUUUUCACUAAUAGGUUUGUUAUAAAAGUAAUCUGUCUAAAAUCUAUUGAUUAACUGAUGUGAGUAUUCUUGUAUGUCAAAAAAUAAAAUCCAGUUAGGUUCAAUGGCUGAAAAUCCGAUCCACAAGGACAGCUGGAAUGCAGCACGAUUCUUUUUCUUUUCCCCCCAGUACAAAUCUUUCCAGUAGUUUAGCUCACUUUCUCACAAUAACAUUUCACUAGAUCAUAAUUAUGGCUUGUAUAAUCAGGCCUAUCUGAUUACUAUUUUGUAUUUAAAAUAAAUAAAAUUACAU